AGAAGAAGACAAGCACCAUUAAAUACUUGGAAGAAAGAACAACACAAGGAUGAAGCUGAAGGAGGACAUGUCUCCUCUCUUGCUGCAGGUCUUCAGAUCAGUCGUCUGGGUUUAUUCUGUCAUCACAUUUCUCCCCUGGUACUUGCUCUCUGGAGCCAGCGGAAAUCAGGCCCGAGCUAAACGGGUCAAAGCACGCGCAAUAAAUGGGAAUCCUGCAGGGCCGUACCGGGCCGUUAACAGCCAGCAGAAGUUAGCGGCCCUCCUUCACGAGGGUGUGGAUACUUUGGAUAAAGUGUUUGAAUAUGCUGUAGUCCACUUUCCCGAACGAGACUGCCUCGGCACUAGAGAGCUGCUGAGCGAGGAGGAUGAGAUCCAGCCUAACGGGAAAGUCUUUAAGAAGGUGAUUUUGGGCGAUUAUAACUGGUUGUCGUAUCAAGACACUUUCCAUCUGUCUCAGAGGUUUGGAAGUGGACUGGCUGCGCUGGGUCAGAAGCCUCUCUGCAACAUCGCAAUUUUUUGCGAGACUAGAGCUGAGUGGGUCAUUGCGGCACAGGCUUGCUUCAUGUACAACUUCCCCUUGGUGACGCUGUACUCUACUCUGGGAGGAUCAGCUAUAGCUCAUGGUCUGAACGAGACUGAGGUCACACACAUCGUCACAAGCAAAGACCUGCUGCAGAGCCGCCUCAGGGCUAUUCUGUUGGAAGUCCCCAGACUCAAGCACAUUAUAGUGGUCGACAAGAAACCCACAAGCUGGCCUGAUCUCCCCAGAGGCAUCAUGGUACAUAACAUGGCAGCGGUGCAAGAACUGGGCUCCAAGCCUGAAAACACAAUGGUGUCCCGCAGGCAGCCUGUUCCAUCUGAUAUCGCAGUGAUCAUGUACACCAGCGGAUCUACAGGCAUUCCUAAAGGAGUCAUGAUCUCUCACAGCAACAUCAUCGCUGGCAUCACCGGCAUGGCUGAACGCAUCCCGAACCUUGAUGAGAAUGACACCUAUAUUGGAUAUCUGCCUCUCGCUCAUGUCCUGGAGCUCAGCGCUGAGCUGGUGUGUGUGUCCCACGGCUGUCGGAUUGGAUAUUCAUCACCUCAGACUCUUGCUGACCAGUCAUCUAAAAUUAAAAAGGGCAGUAAAGGAGACACCAGCGUCCUCAAACCAACACUGAUGGCAGCUGUUCCUGAGAUUAUGGAUCGUAUCUAUAAGAAUGUGAUGACUAAAGUUGAAGAGAUGAGCAGUGUCCAGAAAACACUCUUUGUUUUGGCAUACAACUACAAAAUGGAGCAGAUCUCCAAAGGAUACACCACACCGCUCUGCGACAGGCUGGUUUUCAGGAGAGUUCGCUCAUUGCUGGGUGGUAACACGCGUGUGCUGCUGUCUGGUGGAGCUCCUUUAUCUGCAGCUACUCAGCGGUUUAUGAACAUCUGUUUCUGCUGUCCUGUGGGACAAGGCUACGGCCUCACAGAGACCUGCGGAGCUGGGACCAUCAGCGAGAUGUCUGAUUACAGCACUGGUCGUGUUGGAGCUCCUCUGGUGUGUUCAGAGAUCAUGCUGAAAGACUGGGAGGAAGGUGGUUAUUUUAGCACAGAUAAACCAAACCCACGAGGAGAAAUUCUAAUUGGUGGUCCCAACGUCACCAUGGGCUACUAUAAAAAUGAGCAGAGGAACCGAGAAGACUUCUUCGUGGAUGUAAAAGGCCAACGUUGGUUUUGCACCGGAGACAUCGGAGAGUUUCACCCUGAUGGCUGCCUAAAGAUUAUCGAUCGAAAGAAGGACCUGGUGAAGUUGCAAGCCGGUGAAUAUGUGUCUUUGGGCAAAGUGGAGGCUGUGCUGAAAAACUGCCCACUCAUCGACAACAUCUGUGCUUACGCCAACAGCGAUGAAUCUUAUGUGAUUGGGUUUGUGGUGCCCAAUCAGAAGCAGCUAACCGCUCUUGCUGGGCAGAAGGGCAUCAGGGGAUCAUGGGAAGAGAUCUGCAACCAUGCAGAGAUGGAGAAAGAGGUUCUACGUAUCAUCACAGACGCAGCUAUUUCAGGUAAGCUGGAGCGCUUUGAGAUCCCAAAGAAAAUCUGUCUGAGCGCUGAACCGUGGACACCAGAGACAGGCCUGGUUACCGACGCCUUCAAACUGAAACGCAAGGAACUAAAAACACACUAUCAGGACGAUAUCGAGAGGAUGUACGGCGGCAAGUGAAUGAAACCAGGGGUCAGUCGGCGGUGUGACGUGGGGGGAGGGAGGGGGUAAUUUUAGGACACACCAUACCACAAUGCCUAUAUACAAAAAAAACAACCCACGGUCCUCUGCCUUCCUGCACCCUGUGAUGCUCUGCGAUCAAAACAGGGACACACUUGAAAUUUGUUCGGUUUUGUUUGAUGAGAGGAAACAGAACGACUUGUACUCGAUUUGUAACUGAAACAGGUUACAAAUAAUGCACUUUUCUCAGAUGAAUCCCCGGAGAAUGAUACACAAUACAACCUACAGACUGAAAGACUUUUGGAUCCCGCCCACAUUUCUUUUUUCACUCUCAUUGGCUCGCUCUGAUAGACACGCCCCUCGCCCCGCCCACACGUUGUUCUGCAGGCAGAUGCGGUUAAUGGUUCCACCCUGUUGCGAAGCAGUCACACUGAAUUCUCAUCUCGAGUCUAUGCAGGGAAACCUUUUACGAUUUGACGGUAUUUUUUGUUGCUCGUUUCUGUUACCCAUUUUUUUCAGACUUUAUUUUUUUUACUUUAAAGAUUGUCGUCGUGGACUGAUUUUUGAGCUGUGCAAGAUUUGGAUGUAUAUGGAAUGCUUCUUUAAAUGUAUCUGUUACAAUGCUACUUUUUUCUAAAUGAACUUGGUCCUUUGUACUUGACAUUUUGUUACUUUUUAAACCUCAGUUUCUGUUGUUUACCUGUAUCCAAAGGCUGUUGCCCUGUAUGAUACUGAAUGAUGUAGUUCAAGUGCUAGUUCACACUGAGGACUGUGUUACUAGACCAAAAAAUGCAGAAAAUCCUAUCAAUCCAGACCAGUAUUACACCAGACAGCUGUUACAGAGAGCAUUCUUAAGCCAGAGACAUGCUCAAAUACUUCAGCAAGCAGUGAGUUUGUUGGUCAGGGCAACUUUAACAUCAAUCCAAUUUCACAUUUCCAUGUCAAUGAGUUGCCGUCCACCCAAGUGAAUGCAUUUAAUAUUCAGUCUGCAUCUGAAAGAUUCACUCCUCGUAUCUACCACAUUCCUUUCAUCACGUUUACAUGAUUCACACUCCAUAUUUACAGCAUUUUCCUCUGAACUCAUUUGUAAGCCUUUAAACUUACUCCUUAUAUGUGAUCAUAUGAUGUCAGCCAUUGUGUUGCAUGGAUGUUUUGCAGGGGAGCCAAAUGUUGAGUAGUUUCUUUUGUUUUGUUUUCUUAUAAGGCCAUUUUUAUUAUUAUUAUUAUAUUGUGAUAUUGUAAUUGUAGAAAAAAAUUAGUGACUUCAACAAAGAGGAAACGUAUGAAUUUGAAUGUGCAAUAUACUUCUGUAUUUUGAGAUCCAUCAAAUAAUACGCACAGUCCCGCCCCGAGAGCAUGAAUGUCUCCAGGCUGUCCGAUGUAACAGAAGAUACGCAUUUAUUCUGCUUUCAGACUGAUUCACAUUAGACUCUGCAUGAAUCGGGGAGAUGUAAACCAAACAAACAAGCUCCUAAUAAGAACUUGUAAAUGUUGCAUUUGCAAAAUGGGGGCGAAUCUGUACAUUUAUUAUGUAGAAAAUGUACUGUUUUUGUUGAUUUUCAGCAUUUAAAAUUUUCAAGACCAACUGUUGACGUUUUGAUUCAUUCCCAAUGUUUUCUUUAGACAGAUUUUAAUGAAUAUUUAGGUGUAGAAACACUCCAGCUUUAUGAUGCUCUUUACGAUAAGUACUUUUUAUGUUUGUCCAAAAAGGAACUGAAGGCAAAUAGCGUUCCUAGACAAGUCUGCCUUUCCUGAGCUUGAUGGAUGAUGUUGAUUGCCUUUGUUUUUUACACAGUGGAAAUGAAUAAUAGGAAUUUAAACUUUUGAUAAUUUAUUUCUGUCUUCUGAUUCAGGGAGUGACUCAUCCUGAGCUGCUGUACCGCUUACCUUGAUUGUGCUUCAUUUGCAUCCCACAAUAUCAUUGGCUCCUGCUACAAAAGCAGGGGGCCAAUCAGCCACUAGCCCAGAGAGAACCCCUGGCAUUGCUAAGUGUUAUCUGAUUGGUUUGUACACCUGUCAGUCAUUCCUUUGGCAACAGCUUUUCCAAAUGAAUCAGCUUGUUAGACGCUGCUGAUCACGCCAUCAAGUCCAUAUUUUAAACUAACCUAAUUUUAUCCGAAUGAUGCUUGACAGCUGCACACAGACCUACUGAGCCUUUUUAGACGCUGGUGGAUUCAUUCUCUCACCUGUUACCUGUCGCUCUGUACUGUAAAUAUGACUUUUAUGUCUGAAAAUCAGUUGCAUUUAGCAGAUGUACAAAUGUAAUAUCUCCUUUAAAUAUCUUUGUUACUGACCGGGUUUGGGCUUUAUUUUUUUUCUUCCUCUUUGUGGAUCGUUGCUGUCUUAAGAUAAGCAGGUCAUAGCAAACAACUGCUCUAUUUAUUUGUAAUUUGGCCUUGAAACUAUGUUAUACGGAAUAAAGUUUUGUGAAUUGCGAG